AUGUCAGCUACACAAGACGACAAAAUGACGGUACCGCCGCGAAUCGCACGAGCAAAGAGAGACGCUCGUGCCAAAUCCGCAAAAGAAUUCAUCAACAGGACCCUUCCCUCAAUCCUCAAAUCCAACGCCCGCGCAAGACGAGGCGUCGAAGCAGCCAGUCUCAUCAUCGACCCCAAACCAACACCCGAACAAAUCACGUCCGAGCAUACAAAUCAAAAAAAUGCCGGACCAGAAGUGUCCCCCGCCCUCCGGAUAACACUCCGCGUGUCAGAUACCCUCGAGGCGGCAUCACGCCUCACAGGCCAUUCUUCCCGUGUUGCCAUUCUCAACAUGGCAAGUCCCCUACGACCUGGUGGCGGCGUCCUAACGGGUGCCACGUCACAGGAGGAACAGCUCUGCGCGCGUACGACGCUGUACGCUUCGCUGCGGGAGGACUUUUACCGCCUCCCUGACGUAGGGGGCGUUUAUACGCCGGAUGUACUGGUUGUUAGGGGGUGGGAUGGCCAGAUGAGUGAGUUGCCUGUUUCGAAGAGGUUUUUUGUGGAUGUGGUGACGGCGGCGAUGUUGAGGAUGCCGGAUGUGGAGGGUGGUGUGUAUGCGGAGGAUAAGGAUAGGGAGGUGGUUGUGAGGAAGAUGAGGGCUGUGAUGAGGAUGGCGAGGGAGAGGGGGGUUGGUGGACUUGUGUUGGGGGCUUGGGGGUGUGGUGCGUAUGGGAACCCGGUGGGAGAGAUUGCGAGGUCGUGGAGGAGGGUUUUGCUGGGGAGGAAGGGGAGGGAUAAUGGGGAGGGAUGGGACGGUUUGGAGGUUGUGUUUGCGGUGAAGGAUCGGAGGAUGGUGGAGGUGUUUGCGGAUGAGUUUGGGGAUGGGUUGGUGGUUGUGGAAGAUGGUGGUGAUGAUGGGAUUGGCGAGGACGAAAGCGGUGAAGACUUGGAUGACAUCUUGGGCGUUGGCAGUCACAAGGAGAGUAUCUGA